GAAGAGCGAGCGGGUGUCCAGGAUGGUGCAGAGCGGCGGCUGCUCGGCCUGCGACUUCCGGGAUGUCUUCAAAAAGAACAUUGAGCGACGGGUGCGCAGCUUGCCCAAAAUCGACGGCCUGAGCAAAGAGACAGUGCUGAGCUCCUGGAUUGCCAAGUAUGACACCAUCUACAGGGGGGAUGAGGACCAGCGGCGCCAGCCCCAGAGGAUGCACCUCAGUGCUGUUUCAGAGAUGAUCCUCAGCAAGGAGCAACUGUACGAGAUGUUCCAGCAGAUUCUGGGCAUCAAGAAGUUUGAGCACCAGCUGCUGUACAACGCCUGUCAGCUGGACAAUGUGGACGAACAGGCAGCCCAGAUCCGCCGGGAGCUGGAUGGAAGACUACAGCUUGCAGACAAGAUCGCCAGGGAGAGGAUUUACCCCAAGUUUGUGUCUAAAGACAUGGAGACCAUGUACAUUGAGGAGACGCGCUCGUCUGUCAAUCUGCUCAUGGCUAACCUGGAGAGCCUACCUGUGUCCAAGGGAGGCCCCGACUUCAAACAGAAGCUAAAACGCUCCUCCAUGAACAACUCCUUCCUGGACAUGGGCGACGAGACAGAAUUCCUUUCCAAGUCCGACGUGGUCCUCUCCUUCACACUGGAGAUAGUGAUAGUGGAAGUGCAGGGCCUGAAGUCGGUGGCGCCUAACAGGAUUGUGUACUGCACCAUGGAGGUGGAGGGAGGAGAAAAACUGCAGACAGACCAGGCAGAAGCCUCCAGACCACAGUGGGGCACUCAGGGGGACUUCACUACGACGCACCCGUUACCCAUGGUCAAAGUGAAGCUGUUUACAGAGAGCACGGGGGUACUGGCCCUUGAAGACAAGGAGCUGGGGAGGGUGAUCCUGAACCCCACCACCAACGGACCCAAGCAGGCUGAGCUCCACAAGAUGGUGGUGUCCAAGAACAGUCAGGACGUAGAGCUAAAGAUCCAACUUGCUGUCCGCAUGGACAAACCCCCCAACAUGAAGCACAGCGGGUACCUUUAUGCGUUGGGACAGAGAGUUUGGAAACGUUGGAAAAGAAGAUAUUUCGUUCUUGUCCAGGUCAGCCAAUACACCUUUGCAAUGUGCAGCUAUAGAGAGAAGAAGUCUGAGCCCCAUGAACUGAUGCAACUAGAAGGUUACACUGUGGACUACUCCGACCCCCAGCCUGGUACACACACACACACAGGUCUCCAGGGUGGUCGAGUGUUCUUCAAUGCGGUCAAGGAGGGUGACCUGGUCGUGUUUGCCAAUGAUGACGAGCAGGACCGGAUGCUGUGGGUUCAGGCCAUGUACCGCGCUACAGGCCAAUCAUACAAACCAAUUCCACCCACCCAGAACUGCAGAGCAGGGAACUCCCAGCCAUUCGCACCAAUCUCACUGCUCAGUAGGUUCACUUCAACAUACCACACCAGGCGUCUGGAUUGCUCUCAGAGGCAGGGCGUAGAGGAGUUGAUCUCUGCGGUGCCCUGUCGGUUCGACCACGCCGCCUUAUUCCCUUUUCUGCAGAAACAGACCCUACAGCACCGGAUGAAUGACUCCUUCUCCUGCCUGGGAUGGUUCAGUCCAGGUCAGGUGUUUGUGCUGGAUGAGUACUGUGCCCGCUACGGUGUGAGGGGCUGCCACCGCCACCUCAGCUACCUCCGGGACCUGAUGGAGUACUCUGGGGACAACAUCCUGGUCGACCCCACCCUCCUGCAUUACAGCUAUGCUUUCUGCGCCUCCCACAUUCAUGGCAAUAGGCCGGAUGGAAUGGGCACAGUGACUGAGGAAGAGAGAGAACAGUUUGAGGACAUAAGAGGCCGUCUCCUGAGUCUAUUGGACAACCAGAUCAUCCAUUUUAGGUACUGUUUCCCCUUUGGACGACCAGAUGGGGCCCUUAAAGCGACACUCUCCCUACUAGAAAGGGUUUUGAUGAAGGACAUCACCACACCGGUUCCUCCUGAUGAGAUGAAGAAGGUGGUCCAGAAAUGUUUGGAGAAAGCUGCCCUUGUCAACUACUCCCAGCUGAUCGAAUACGCUCAGAUCGAGGCUGAUGCUCAAGCUGCCACGGAGAAGAGGUUGGAGGACAUGAUGCGACUGGGAGAACUUUGUAUUGAGGUCCUGCAGCAGAAUGAUGAGCACCAUUCAGAGGCCUUUUCAUGGUGGCCGGAGAUGAUGGCGGAGCACGCAGAAACGUUCAUGUCUCUCUACACCGUCGACAUGGAUGGUGCGCUGCAAGUCCAGCCCGUUGACUCAUGGGAUAGCUUCCCCUUAUUCCAGCUGCUUAACAACUUCCUGCGAUGUGACCCUCACCUGUGCAAUGGCAUGUUCCACAAGCACCUGCAAGACCUGUUCAUCCCACUGGUGGUGCGCUACAUAGACCUUAUGGAGUCCUCCAUCGCCCAGUCCAUCCACUGCGGCUUCGAGCAGGAAACAUGGCAGUCUGUCAAUAACGGCUCAGAGACCUCCGAGGACCUCUUCUGGAAGUUGGACGCCCUCCAGAUGUUUGUCCUGGACCUGCACUGGUCCGAGCCUGAGUUUGCCAAACAUCUGGAGCAGAGGCUGAAGCUCAUGGCCAGCAACAUGAUGGAGGCCUGUGUCAAAAGAACGAAAGCGGCUUUCGACUCCAAGAUGCAGAAGGCCAGCAAGUCAACGGACUUCCGGGUGUCGUUGUCGGUAUGCACCAUGUUCAAUGUGCUCAUUGACGCCAAGAAGCAGUGCUCCAAACUCUGUGUGCUGGACUCCGGUCUAGAGCAACAGUACCAUUCGAAAAUCGACGACCUGAUCGAUGACACGUUUAAAGACAUGAUUUCCUCCCUGGUCUCAAAGUUUGCUGGACCUCUAGACACCGUUCUCUCCAAGCUCUCCAGAUAUGACGAAGGGACAUUAUUUUCUUCGAUCUUCUCUUUCACGGUGAAAGCGGCUGCCAAGUAUGUGGAUGUGCCAAAGCCAGGGAUGGACCUGGCUGAUACCUACAUAAGGUUUGUGCGGCAGAACCAGGACAUCCUGCGAGACCGCGUCAACGAGGAGAUGUACAUCGAGAAGCUGUUUGACCAAUGGUACACCAGCUCCAUGAAGGCUGUGUGUGUGUGGCUGACAGACAGACUGAACUUGCAGCUUCACAUGUACCAGCUGAAAACACUCAUCAAGAUUGUCAAGAAGACAUACCGAGACUUCCGGCUCCAAGGAGUCCUGGAUGGAACCCUGAACAACAAAAGCUAUGAGACCGUCUACAACCGACUCACCGUGGAGGAGGCUACCGUGGUGGUCAAGGCUGGCGACGGUCUCCAAGGUAUCACCAUGAGAGACAGUGACGAGGAGGAUGGAUGAACUUUGGGAGGAGGAUGGAUGAACUUUGGGAAGUGUGUACUUGUGUGGAAGGGAUGGCGAUUGUGUGUGUGAGACAGAAUGAUAUGGAGGGGUUGGAGAACACACACUAAAGUGUGGGAUGAAUUCAUCCAUCGUUGUGUACCCCCUCUCUCUCUCACCCAUCCCUAGUACAUUAGUGGGUACCUUCCCAGCCAUAAUGACAUGAUGUUAUUUGUACAGUACAGCUCAGUGGUCACCAACUGGUAACCUUCAGUACCCCUUUGUUUAUUUCAUUUGUUUGUUUGUUAGUUUGUUUUUACUUUAUUUUAAUGGUGAUGUAGACCAAGAAAAGAUUCAAGUUGUUCUCUUAAUGCAGACCUUAAUGCUCAAAUCAGUUUUGUUUUUCAAAUCCGUUUUGGAAUAUUGACUGUCCAAACAGCAAGUUACAAGUGACCAAAUCGGAUUUUGCUGACAAAGCAGUCUUUGCUGACAUGGCAACGCUAGUUGUCAUAGUAACAACUGUUGUGUGUGCAGUGGUGUUGGCUGAUUGGUGGUGGUGCUCAUGCUUCCUAUCACUCAGAAGAUAURUACUGUAGCAAGCUAAGGUGACGACAACAACAGUAGCUAUGUCUCCAUUCACUCGUCCAGUGAUUUUGUGUCAACAUUUAGAAAGUUUGCAAAGAAAAUAGAUGCAACAAUUGCCUGCUAGGUAGGGUGUGUUUCCAUUGAACUACCUUGUGUCGAUAAAAACAGCUGGACAUAAUGUCACACCCCAACAACAACAACAACAACGCAAAAACCUACAGUGUCAAAUUAAAAUGUAGUGGCGGAAGUGUUUCCAUUACCCAUUUAGGCAAAUUGCACAUCAAUACAUUGGUGACAACCUGUAUGCCCUCCCACCUACCCGUUUCAUGUCUCGGGUAGCCUUCGAAAGCCAGCAAGAAUGCAAUAAUUGAGUAGGCAUUUAGAAUUAAAUGUUGUGGAGCUUUAUAGUUAUGUGAUGACAUCAUGUGCCUCGCGUACCUUAAAAAAAUAUUCUGCAAUCAGAAUUUAUUAGAAAAACCCAGUUUCCAUUUUAAUUUGUCACAAUAAARAAAGUUCGACCGAAAGAAAAAUCCACCAGUUGAACGAAUAAAAAUGUUGUCCAUYUUUAGAAAAGUUCUCCUAUAUCUGCCAUGACACAUGUCGCAAGGAUUUUUUGUUGACAUUGCUUUUGUCUAAUUAACCUGGGUCAAUGGAAACCUGCCUAGUGCCUGUCAUGAACAUUUCCCAAUUGCAUUGAAUGUUCAAAAUCAUAGUGUACAUACACUUUUAAGCCUCAAAGGAUAAGAUGACCCAACUUUCAAAAUUAUCCCUUUUGGCUAGCCACAACAUUCAACAAGCUAGCUAGUUGUUUAGCUUACUAGCAUACUCACUAAUUUGUUUGUACAUGACUAACAUGCUAGUUAGCUACCACAUGUUCUUGUCAAACUGUCAACAGAGUAGCUUACAAGCAACGAGUUAUGCCAAAUAAAACAGUCUGAAAACCACUUGAGGGCAAAUAAAUCAGUCACAUUGCCAGGAAUCCGAUUUGUAUCUGAUUUCAAAACACCUACAAAUGUGGUUUGAACUGUGGCUUGAAAUAUCUGAUUCGAUGUGAUUUUUGACUGUUCAGACUGUAGAAAAAAAAUCAGAUUCAAAUCGGAUAUGCAAACCACUAGAAUUUGAGUCACUUCAAACUGCCAGUGUGAACAAGGCUUUAUGGUUACCUAGAUAUAGCCAUGCCAAUUCAAACAGGUUUCAGAGAUCUCACCAAUUGCAGGUCCAUUCUGUGGUAAAUUUACAAAGUGCAUUAUGAGGACAUUGGGGUUGUUCUUACAUAAGUACCCUGAAAGACAGUCGAUACAGGCAAUAUCCAUUUGUUUAUGCUGUGCACUGUAUGAAUGGAAUGUAUACUGUAGGUUAAAGUGUCACAUUGUCAUGUAUGUAGGCUAUGCUUGAAUGUGAUUUCCUCUACAAGAGUUACCAGAUGACUAUGAACUCAAAGCUGUGUUAAAUAGGCUAUACCUGAUGGAUUGUGUGCAUCAUGUUUGGAAUCUGAAUUGACGUCUUAACUGUAAUACUUCAAUGAAAUAUAUUUCUAUUGUCUUCUGUGCACCUGGUUUUGUUAAGGUGUGUUCUAAGUGUUGGAUUUAGUGUUUUUAAUGCAACCAUGGUGUCCUUAUUGACUACAUUACUCCAUAAAUUAUAUUAACAGCACAUUCUGCAACUACGAACCCUUUGGAUGGUAAGGUGAUGGAUGGAGCUGUACGUUAUUACAUUUUUUUAAGGAGCUAUGCAUAUUGUUUUAUAAAAACUGCUAUUUAAAACAAAAUUACUCAAAUCACAACAAAAACAUAAACAAUUGAGUAUUUCAAAAUAWCAAGCUAAUAGGYAUUUAUAAGUUAUAUUUUUCAAKAAUCAUAUAUCAUUACCAUAACUAAUAUUCAAAUUGUGACUAUCUUACAAAUUGUGACAACCUAUUUGCCAACCUAUUCCAACAGUUUAUAGUUUUGUUAGAAGCCUAGCUGAAAAGUUUCCGUCAUGACAUCAACAUUGACAGUCACAUGUGUUGAAAUACACCUAGSCUAAUGGCCAUUUCCUUUGAUUUUUAUUCAUCUCAAAAAGUACUGAAUUUCAGAAAUUGUCAUUUUCUUGAGACGUGACAACCUCGUUUCAWCUAAUCAUCUUGUUCAAUGUUAUCACGAGCAGACUUUUUCUCCCCAUUCACUGACCUGUGUAAAAGGAAAGAAUCAAUAUUCUGAGUUGUUUUAAUUUUCCUCCAAAUGGGACGAAUACAGUUCUGUGGUCAAAUUGAAGARUUUGGUUCCAAAGCGCUAUAUCCRCCAAUUUUAUUCGCCUGAAAUGAUUGCUUAUGGUUACCUUCAUGUGUGUGUGUAAAAUAUUACUGUUCUCAGAUUUGUA